UUUUGCCUGUUGUACGCAGGCGCGACUGUAUGGCGUCACGUGACGACGCUUUGAGCGCGCUCGGCGGAAACGGAAAAGGCCAAGAGGAGCCAACAUGGCGGACAGGCUUACGCAGCUUCAGGAUGCUGUUAACUCCCUGGCUGAUCAGUUCUGUAAUGCGAUUGGAGUCCUGCAGCAAUGCGCACCACCUGCCUCUUUCAGCAACAUCCAAACUGCCAUCAACAAAGACCAGCCCUCUAACCCCACAGAAGAAUACGCUCAGCUGUUUGCAGCACUGAUCGCAAGAACAGCAAAAGAUGUCGACGUGCUGAUUGACUCUCUGCCCAGUGAAGAAUCUACUGCCGCACUGCAGGCUGCUAGUCUGAGGCAGUUGGAAGAGGAGAACCAGGAAGCUGCGGCGCGUCUGGAGGAAGUAGUUUACAGAGGAGACAUGCUGCUGGAGAAGAUCCAGUCAGCUCUAGCAGACAUCGCCCAAUCACAGCUGCGCACACGCAGCGGAGCCCCGAGUCCGUCGACACCGCCAGAGUCAUGACAGCGACUGACCCCAACCAAACAUGGACUAUAUCGUCUGUACACAGCAGGGAUUUUAUACUCAUCCUUCAUGGAUCGCAGGAGAUCUUGUGUUAAAUGUACAGUUUGUUUCUGGACUGAAGAAUGAUUCUGAUUUCAUUCUGUAAGUGCCCACUGUUUCCCAUCGCAUGUCUUGUUUAUAUGACCUCUGACGUCGUUUUCAACCUGAUAACCGUAAAUGUUCAGCAUCCAUCAGCCUUUUUUAGACAGUCACCAUCCGGGUAAGUUGGUCUUUGUAUAUUUAAUGAUGUUUUUUCAUGCCAGGAUCAUGCGGUGUUCAUUUUAUUUUGAAUAAAAUGUUAUCAUUGUGUUUAACAAAUAAAAAAAG